AUGACCCAGAAAAACAUUAGAUACAUUCAGUGUGGUGAACCCUUCUCCCUUUUAUCCUUCUGUCCUCCCGUCUCGUCAUUUCAGGAAUCUUCGAGAAUGCUGUUGAGAAUCUUCUGUGGGUCUUUCUGGCCGAAGACGUCGCAGAGGCCACAUACCGGUCAUAGACCGUGACAAAAGGGAAGAAGGAGAGGCGAAGCGAAAGAAGGAGAGAGGGGAAGGGGACGAAGGAGAGGAGAGGGGUAGCGCUAGGUCGGUACGUGUGAAGGUCA